AUGGCAGCGCCGACCGCCCCAGCAAUGCAGUUUCCAUCGGCACCUCCCACCCGCCGGUCGUCUCCGGGCAACACACCCAUCUUUACCAUCCGCCCACGACGACCCGAGGACCUCGCUCCGCUUGCUGUCGUCCUGGCGGAGCAGCAGCCGCGGUCAUUGUACCCAAUCUCGUGGCCGCUCCCCUUCCCCGUGGACGAUUUCCUCCAACGAGACGGCGAGCUGGCAGCGUUUGUGGCCGAAGACAACCGAACGGGCGAGACUGUCGGGCACGUAUCAGUGUGUGGAUGCAUCGAGCCGCCCAAGGACCCAAAGGAGGCAGCCGAGCUCGAUGCGGUCUGGGCCGCGGGCCACGGGUGCGCCGUGUCUGAGCUUCGCAUCAUCGGCGUGCUGUUCACCGACCCAGCCUACGCAGGAACGGGAAUGGGCUCGGCACUGUUCAACGCCGCCAUUGAGGUGGCACGCAAGGACGGCGGCAGGCCCGUCCUCGACUGUCUGCGGACCAACACUGGGCCGCUAGCGUUCUACCAGAGGCGCGGCUGGAAAAUGGUGGGGACAUGGCACAACACCAUUUGGGUUCCGGGGGAGGAGCUUUUGGUCGACUUGUUCAUCUUGCCCGACGACAAGUAG